AUGGGCGUCACAAGAGCUCAGCUUGCUUUUCUUGUUUUAGUAGUAUUUGUAACUUUUUUCUCCAGCCAAAAUGUUUCGGGUGCAGAGAUGGAAAAGAAGUUUUCAUAUGACCACUGCACUAUUUUUUGUUCGGCUGACUACGAAUGGCAUGAGUGUUGGGUUGACUGCCUAAACAGGGGCUAUCACAAUGGGGACUGUGCUUCUCCUUCUCCUAAUGUUCCUAAGAAAUGUUGUUGUCAAACUUAG